UGCUGGCUGGGCUUAUUAAGAGGACCCAACCCCCAUCUCUUCUCCCAGGUUGCAGCAGGACAUCCAACAAGCAGCAUGUGUUGAGAAGUUGUUUGGUAGUUGUUAAUAUUACGAGCUAACCAUUUUGCUUUUAUUUUUACACACCUGCCAGCUCUAAAUUUUACAUUUGCUUCAUAUUUUGUGCACCUGCAGUGAACAUUUUGGACAUUUAGAAGCUGCAUUUGUUUUCAAGCUGUAGGUGGACCGACGCCUUGUAACCAUUUGGGUUUUGCGCUCUGUGAAUCAGUCCUUCAUCUAACCUUCACAAAAUGGAGAGCCCUUUCCCACAUGGAAACUCUUCCUCCAGCUCGGCUAACCCAGAGCUCCUUUCUCGGACCGGUUACACAGUACUGGCCGUUAUCAUGGGCGUGUUCUCUGUAUCCGGAAUCAUCCUCAAUGUCUUGGUGAUCGUGGUGACAGUGAGAUACAGACAGCUAAGGCAGCCCCUCAGCUACGCCCUGGUCAACUUGGCCAUAUGUGACCUGGGCUGUGCUGUGUUCGGAGGCCUGCCUACCACAGUAACCAGUGCCAUGGGAUACUUCAGUCUGGGCCGUGUUGGCUGCGUGGUAGAGGGCUUUGCUGUUGCCUUUUUUGGUAUAGCAAGCCUGUGUACCAUAGGAGUCAUUUCUGUUGAGCGCUACAUAGUGGUGUGUUAUCCCAUGGGUGCCGUCCUGUUUCAGACCAGGCAUGCAGUGGCUGGAGUGGUACUGUCCUGGGUGUGGUCAUUUGUGUGGAACACUCCGCCUCUGUUUGGCUGGGGAAGCUUUGAGUUAGAAGGAAUCAAAACUUCCUGUGCUCCUAACUGGUACAGCCGCGAUGUCGGGAACAUGUCCUACAUCAUCAUAUACUUCUUCCUCUGCUUUGCCCUGCCCUUCUCCGUCAUCAUGGUGUCCUACUCUCGACUUCUGUGGACCCUGCGCCAGGUUACCAAACUUCAGGUAUCCGAGGCUGGAAGCACAAAUCGCGUGGAGGUGCAGGUGGCACGUAUGAUAGUAGUGAUGGUGCUGACCUUCCUAGUCACCUGGCUGCCGUAUGCUGCAAUGGCCCUUGCCGUCAUUAUCGACUCCAGUCUAUAUAUUGACCCUGUCAUCGCCACCAUACCUGUUUUCUUUGCUAAAAGCAGCACUGUCUACAACCCCAUCAUUUACAUCUUCAUGAACCGACAGUUUCGAGCCUAUGCUAUUCCUACUGUUUUUUGUGGAUGGAACCCGUGGGCGUCGGAGCUGCAGAUAUCCGAGGGUGAGACCACUGUCGCCUCGAUCACCAGGAGCCAGAAAGUCUCACCUAAACAAUCUUUAAAAGAAUAACCGUGUAUAAAUCAUUCCUGGGGCAGCGCCGGAUCAUCCGAACUGAUUUGCCAGCCAGCCUCUGCAAACGGACUGCAAGAAUACAGCUUUUCAAGACUUUAACAAAAUAAGAGAAACUAAUAAGGACGUUAGAUGUGAAGAGGGCUGUGCAGCUCUGCUAUAGUCAUUUACCGUGGCCUUCGUCUUGUUGUGUCACUGAUACUGGUAUGUUUUAUUGCUUUUGGUAUUAUUUUGUAUCAAACCAACAGAGAUUUUAAGUAUAUAUAUCUACACAAGCUUUGUUAGUUAACUGGAAUUGUAUUUUAAUAGAUCUGAUCUAACAAAUAGCCUACACUUACACCUACAGUGGUCAGUUUGGCCGAUGCAAGGAAGUGACGAGGCAUAUUUAUACAGUCUACGACCCCCACACUGAUGGAGAGUUUAAGUAGGGACCCCCUACCUUCUAUAUGUGUUGUAUAUUAAA